AAUGCCCAACGCCUCGGAGGGCCCCCAGGAGGCUGUGUGGUGCGAGUGAGGAAGCAGGCCCAGGCCUGGGCGUGGCUGGUGCUUCCUCUGAGGACCCAACAGACCACAGCGCAGUGCUCUUUCUGCCCGGCAGCCGUGGUUGCAAAAGCCACGUUGGUUAAGUGACUGAUCUACUUACACAGGGGCCACGUGUAUUUCAGCACUAAGUUUCUGCUUCUGUGUUUGGCCGAGGGCCCUGGAGGGGUGGUAAGGACUGGAGUGCUCACACGGGGCCAGGACCUGGCUUUUGAGGCCUGCUCAUGGCCCAGCUGGCCCCUUCGCCUCAUUGGCCAUUGGCACCCGUGCUCCUGGGCUAUAGAGUAUGGCGAUGCUUCCCUGUCCAUUGGGGCUGGUAAGUCCUUCCCGCCCAAAAUACCAGCUCUUCCCAAAGUCUUUACUGAGCUAAACAGGGUGCAGUCCUCCUUAGCUCUGGGGAACCCCACCUCUGGAGCCACGGUGGUCAGUGUUGUACCAAUGUUGGGGUGUAGAGAUUUUACCCACCAAUCUGCAGGCAAAAACCCUGGGCUGUGGGCUGCUCAGGGCGGGUACUUCGUAAAUGUUUGCUGAAGUCCCAUCAUUGGUCAGUGGACGGGAGUGAUCCCUCCCUCCCUCAGCAGGGCAGUCCUGGAGCCAGCACCGUGGUGAGUGCCCAGAGAGGCGCGAGCAUGGUGCAGCCUGACCCCUGCCUUUGGGGUGCAGCGCUGUGACUGUGCACCUGGGCUUCCCCGGUUUCUCUAGCAGCCUUGGGCCCCCUGCCCUCCUGAGGUCACAGGACCCCCUUUCCCUGCACAGGGACAGUGACAGUGUGGUCUUGGCCUGCAGACACCGGCUCGUGACUUAGUCCUGGUGCUGAAGGUGUGGACACUGUUGGCAGGAAACUGCUUGGAGGGCCUUUGGCUGCUGGGCCUGGUGAACAGGCCACAUGGGGCUCUGUUCUCACCUCAGUUCUGUGAACACUUGAUGGGGGGCACUUCUCUCCAAACUUGUUUCCUCCUGUGUCAUACAACUCGAUGACCUCAGCCUUCAGAGCUACCUAAGCCAUAUGCCCAUCCCCCAUCCAAGCGAGGACAGCCAGACCCUGGCUGGCGCACCUGGACACAACUGGCCUACCUGUUAUUUCCAGAAAGAAAAGGUCCCCAGAGCUCCUGGAAAGAAGCAGCCAAGCCCUUUGGUGUGAGUGGACUUGUCUCCAGCACAUCCCCCUUUUUCUUCAGAGGAAGCCCCUGCUCCUGACGACACCUGAGAGCCCUUGUAGGGGUGUGGGGGGUGUAUCCCUCAGACCGGUCCACACCUCGCCCCUCAGGGCAGCCUGACGGUAGGCCUGAGCGCCACUGGACAAGGCGUUCUGCCAGGGCCCAGGGGCUUGUGGCACAGGGGCGGGCCUGCUUUGUGGCGUCACCGAGGCUUCUUGUGGGAAACCGUGAGCAUCUCCUCCUGCAGUUUCCAUGGGGUCUCAGGCCUCAGCAGCCUGCCUCCCCCAUCUGGUUGGAUGGCUCCUCUCCACUGGCCUCCCAAGCAGGAAACCUGGGGCCACUCAGAUGGCCUCCUCCCUGUCCUGGUCAUGUUCUCUAAGGACCCUAGGGUUGUGGGUGGGCCCAGUGGAGCCAUUGGGUCAGGGUUGGGGCCUGCCCACCGAGGCAGAGGGCUGAAAGUUAAGGAUCUGUCCUCCCCAAGUAUGCAGGUGGUGCCAGCAUGGCAAACUGGACCCACUGGUCCCCUGCCCUCAACCAUGGGCUAGGCAGCUGGCUGGGGACUCGUGUGAGCAUCUGCUGUGGGCCAGGCCAUCCUGAAACGAAUCGAUGCCUCCUCUGGCCAAGAUGUCAUCCUCUCAACCCUGCCCCCAUGCUGUGCCCUGCCCUGCCGCCUCCGGCCCUAGACUCACGCUCCCCACCUCCCCCACCCCCACCACCUCUCCUGCUUCCCUGCCUUUGUCCAGGCCAAGUUCUACUGCCAAACUUCCCUCCCACUGUGAUAGGCUCAGCUCACGGCUGCCUGCUCCUGGAAGGUGCUGGAGGCCCUUAGGGGGCAUGUCCGCUUCCUGCCCUGGGCUCCCAGGUCAGCCUGCCAGGCUGGGCAGGGCAGGUGCUCAUAGUAUCGCACGGACUGAGUGUCGGUUCAGAGAGAGAGAGGCGUAGAGGGCAGGGGCCUCUUCUGAGCACAGGUGUCCCCCGGGCUCCCUCUUGCUGAGGCCUGACUGCCCCUUUUCCCUGCAGGUGUUGCCGGAUGCCCAGCCCCAGGCCCUCUGCCUCCCCUGCCCGCAGAGACUGAGGUCAUGCAGCUGUGCCAAGGUGCCUCCAGCAUGGCAGCGGCCGAAGUGCCCGGCUACCUUGUGUCUCCUCAGACGGAGAAGCACCGGCGGGCCCGCAACUGGACCGACGCUGAGAUGCGCGGCCUCAUGCUCGUCUGGGAGGAGUUCUUCGACGAGCUGAAGCAGACCAAGCGCAACGCCAAGGUGUACGAGAAGAUGGCCAGCAAGCUGCUCGAGAUGACCGGCGAGCGCCGGCUGGGCGAGGAGAUCAAGAUCAAGAUCACCAACAUGACCUUCCAGUACAGGAAAUUAAAAUGCAUGACAGAUAGCGAGUCUGUCCCGCCAGACUGGCCCUAUUACCUAGCCAUUGAUAGGAUUCUGGCCAAGGUCCCCGAGUCCUGUGAUGGCAAACUGCCGGACAGCCAGCAGCCGGGGCCCUCCACGUCCCAGACCGAGGCAUCCCUGUCGCCGUCUGCUAAGUCCACCCCUCUGUACUUACCGUAUAACCAGUGCUCCUACGAAGGCCGCUUCCAGGACGAUCGCUCCGACAGCUCCUCCAGCUUACUGUCCCUUAAGUUCAGGUCAGACGAGCGGCCCGUGAAGAAGCGCAAGGUACAGAGCAGCCACUUCCAGAAGAAGAAGCUGCGACUGCUGGAGGCCAUGCUGGAGGAGCAGCGCAAGCUGAGCCGCGCCAUGGAGGAGACGUGCCGCGAGGUGCGCCGCGUGCUGGACCAGCAGAACAUCCUGCAGGUGCAGAGCCUGCAGCUGCAGGAGCGCAUGAUGAGCCUGCUCGAGAAGAUCAUCGCCAAGUCCAAUGUCUAGGCCGCUGGGCGGGCAGCCAGGGCCCGGGCUCACUGGGGACGUGACUCAGGCCUGCCCGGGCCUAGCUCGGCACGCUGGUCCAGCCCAGGCCUGGCCGGGUCCCAGAGAAGGGACGGCCUCCAUCCUGGCCCCCGGGGGGCUGCUCCUGAAUCAGGACUUCCAAGGGGCUUUUUGAGGACCCCGGGCCUUGGAGACCACAAGGCCGCAGUCUCCAGCAUUAAAGCCUUCCUCGGACACAAGGCCGUGGACUCCAGGGUCGCUGAAGGGUGAUUCCCCAGUAGGAAUGUCCUGGAAUCUGCUCUCCAACAUAGUCACAAUCAAUGAUACUUGAAACAGCUUUUGAUAUUAAAUAUGUAAUUUUUCAUUA